AUGGCAGAAUCACUUUCAGAAGUUGGAAAAGCAGCUCUUCAAGCUAGUGCAGGUGGUAACUUCUUUUUUAUAAUUACCACUGACAACGUGGAAGUAGCAAAAGAAUUAUGCGAUACUGCAGUUAAGAUAACAAAAGAAUUACGCGGUACUGCAGUUGAGAUAACAAAAGAAUUAAGCAGAACUGCAGUUACACUUGGUACCAUUUACGCUUUUUAUAAAUUGGCAAUACCAGCAGUUGAUGCAGUUAUUGAUAAAGUCUUCGGUGGUAGUGAAAGAGAUGACCAAGAAGUUCGGGAGAUCAAACCAGGAUCUCUACAUGUUUUACUUCGUUGUUUCACGGAUGAACGAUUUCUUGAAGUUCUGGCGGACUAUAAAUCUGGAGGAAUAAAAGAACGUUUACAGAAAGAACUCUCACUGGUUGGCAUUGAAGUAAAAGGACUGAAGGUCGAGAUUGAAAACAUGGAAGAAGUAGAAAAAAUUAUAGCAGCUAUACACAAGAGGUAUAGAAAACAAUAUAGCUGUGUACUUUAUAGGAUGCAGAAUUGAAAAAGAAGAAGAGUGUGAAACUCUUUUCAACUUUGGGUCACUAGCUUCUAAACAAAAAGUCCGUACAUUUGCAUGUAUCUGUUUUGCCCCUUAUGUAGACGUUUAGCAUUUAGUUUUCAUCAUACUGCCUGGUAUCUUGUCAGUUGUCACGAUACAUAUUCAACAAACCGUGAGACUACACAAUACACAAACUUCCUUAUAUUUACAUGACAUGCUGGAAACAUGAAACAUAAUAUAUAGCAGAUUUUACCCAUGAAUGACUAUGUAACAAUGAUGUUUGUAACGACCAUUUUCGAUGAAGAGUAUACUGUAGCCCUGUUUAAUCCAGCAGUUCAACAGUGGCGAGGCCAUGGCCCAUGGGGAAACAGGGGGCCUGGAUCUCCACUUUUAUUCAAGAGAAACUGUGUUGGGAAGGGGAGAGGCGCCAACAGGAAAAUGUAUCGAAAGCUUUAAUCAAAUAUCUAAUUACAGCCCUUAGCAGAAGACCUAAUGGUCGUCCCUCCCGUUUCCGCGUUUUGAAGACCACACACUCAGUUUAGCUUCACAUCGUUAUAAUAGGUGUCCAGUAUAUGAUCGAAAAAUUUGUAAUUAUAUACGUACAGUACAAUGUAUUUGCGUAAUUAGAUUUUGGAAUAAUUGGUAAAAGGUCAAAACCAUAUAAUUGUUUUUUUUUCUUUAAACUGUUAAGAAAAUCCAUGCUAACCACUGUAUCGACACCGAGGAAAAGAAAUCGUGUUGCAAAGAAACACAUUUUGGAGCAUCGAGAGACAUUGAUAGAUGCAGCAGGCAACGCGAAAGCUGAAGUUAAACAUGAAGAUUCUCAUUUCCCAAAAUCUCUUCCAAAUAUGGUGAGAAUUUUACAAUUAAUUGGUGACUCUACUGUAGAUGUAAUAGUCCGAUGCCCGCGUAAAUAGUGAAACUCGCAUAGAGGAAGCAGUGAAUUGAAGCCACCAGUCUGAAAUACAGGAAACCACUAAACACUUAAAAUACGGGCUGAAAAAUCUUAACUUUUUGUACCUUACUUAUGCUGAAGUCGAAAGCAAUUUCUCAUGGCGGUUUUAUAGAAGCACCAAUGCACAAGUUAGAUAACCCUACACCUCUGCCUAGCACGGUCGAUGGUCAGAACAAG